AUCUCCAGUCAACGUGUGGACAUGUCGGAGGCGACUCGUGCGGCCGCUCUGCCCCUGUCUCCUCUCGCCGUCGUCCUCGCCUGACUAGUGUCCUUCGCGAAACCAUGUCACUUCUCGUGGUGCUGCUCGAGGCUGGCUGACAGACGUUCUUCAGUCUCUCUGUAGUGCACCAAAGAGACGGUUUUUUCGACGGAAAGACUCGCGUUUACUUCGAAAUUGGUCGGAAAGUUUAAUAUAUACUGUGUUUUUUUGUUUGAAAGUGGAGCUCAGGUGUAUAUCUUCGUCGAUUUGUGUGGAUGUUUAUCACUUCCUCUUAGAUCUGUUUAUCAACUGAAGUGACCGUGUUUACACCCUACAAAGAUAAGCAUUUGUAGAUCUGAAAUGUUUUACAGUAAAUGACGUUGAUACCUAUGUUGUGACUUAGUGUUCAAAUACUCGUAGACUUUGAAAUUAUUUCUUAAGAAACAGAUUUGUGUUCAUGUCUCACAUAAGUGUUUUGUGAUAGACUUUCCUAAUGCCAUAGAGCCAAAGGCUCAGUUUAGAUAUACUGUAGUUGAAUUUCGUCUUAUAAUUGUAAUACUACUAAAUAGAUAAGGACUUUUUAUAUGUUCCACUGUUGUUACACCAUAUCUUUGAGAACUAUAAGUGGUUUGUCUUCAAGAAUCUGAAUGUUGUGCACUCGGUGUUCUGCUCGUAGAAUACUCACGCCACAAGCAAAUAUAUUCCGAGUCCUCUGAGACAGCCGAGGCGUGUCUGAGGGAAGCCGAGAAGCAUCUUUGCCUCCGCUUAGUGAAUGUGUUAUAGCUGAUAUUUUCACGUCACUGGAGUGCUUGACGCCAAACUUUGGAGACUCAAGAAUUGGUCAUAAAUGAACUGUGAAGCACCGAUAUCAACACAGCCUUUAUUCAUGGUAACGAAUGGGGAAGCUUUAAAAGCUCUUUGAACAAGCUGCUGAAUACAUAUGCUCAUUCAUUGUUAACGGAGGAUGGUGUACAUGACAGGAACUGUGUCUGAGAACAAACGAUACAUCAAGCACAGAGAAAUCAUAUAAGUGACUUUUUGUUUGGCGAAAACCACAUUUCAUGCAUGCACGGAUCUCCAAGGCAACAAACCCAACCGAAUUCUCAGCAAGGACUAGAAUACUUGCAUUGCACCGUGUAGUGUGUCGGCCCGAAAAAAACUGCAUCUGAGGCUGGACGGUGGCGGUGUGAGCGAGGACACAGGAUCAUCACCAGAAGAACUGCCGUGUGAGUGAUCUAUGUUAACACGUGUAUUGUAGGACAGUACUUUCCCUCUUAGCUGAUCAUCAGCGGUUCCUAGUCAGUUUUUUAAAGGUUGUAGAACCAAAGAGAGAGAAGAUAUACAUAUAUAUAUUUUUACAUAUGUGAUUUUAGAAUUAGUUUAAGAAUUUAAGUCAGUGUUUUAAAUGAGUACUAUUAAUACCAUAUAAUACACAUUCACAUUAGAGAAUACCUUCGAGUGAGACUGUACCACCAUAAAGAACUCCACAAAAGAUCCAGUACUACACACACACAGUGUUCGUGUUUAACUCACGCACUCUGCAUCUUGAACGCCUCUGUAUUUGCCGAGGAAGUAAAUUACAUGUUAAACCCACGAAAACGCACACCUCAUUCGUCUGGGAAAUCAGCCAUCGGGAAGACCUGCCGCCACGCUGGAAAUCGACCAACGCCACGAAUAAGAGUAAGAGAAAACCAGACGAAGGAGCAGUAUAGCUGAAGAGGAGAAGAGAAUCGACGGUGUUUGCUGCGCCUCCUUCGCCGUUCCCCGGCCACCUGGAGGAGGAGGAAUAAGCCGGUAGAUAUAUAUGAGGCGCUGGGAUCCAUUUUGGGAGGGACGUCAAGGAGAUUACACCAGACGAACGAAAUAUUCACAAAUGGGUCAUUUUCAGUGGAGAUAUUGCUCUAACAUGUACUCUCACUUAUGAUCGUAUAAAAAAAAUCACUUCAAAAGCAUACACAUCAGUACUUGAUAAACUCUGAAGAACGGGACAUAGUAAAUAAACUUCUAAGAUAAGACGAAGGAAGGAAAAUAACCUUGAAAUGUUUUUUUCUAUCUAAUCUCGUAUAAACUCCACGCUAGAGGAAUGAAAAUAUUUUGAUAUCACGAAUCAACAAACACACGCGAUAAAGCAAUAGAGUCGGAAAUCGACUCACAAAAUUUCUCGCAAACCGCACCCUCUCCUUUGUUAUUUUGUCCGUGGUGUAUGACGCAAAUAAUUAAUCAUAUUCAAUGUUGGCAAAACCCGCCCAAAAUAAAGAUAAUAAAUAAAUAAACACACGUAGUGACACGUAUGUAACCUUGCUGGCUGUUGUUUAUGGACACUGACAACAGAAAUUCCGCAGAAAACCACUGACCAGUUCGCAGGAAAUGUAUUAUCAUAAACCGCAACGGCCGCACGUCAGUCUCCUCUGCCUGCACAAACGUAGUUACUCGACUGAAAAGAACAGGAAAAACUGUAACCGUAGUUCUGUCCAUUGAGGGUAAGAAGAGUUUAAAAAAAGCGAGAUAAAAAAAGAAAAGACAAACUACCCAUUUCCCAGAACCUCAGCAGCACACACACAGACAAAGGAGAACAAAGUGGUCCUUGAACACAGAGAUAAAGUUCCUCUCGAUACCAUCUGGAGAGAACCCGAAGUGGUCCUCGCUGAAGCUGGUUAAGAACUCGAGUGAAGACGGCAGUAAUUUACAAACCAAUCCUGUACGUAAAUAAACUGCUGUUCCGACGACUGGACAGUGUGAAAGCUGAGGGAGAUCGUGACGUGUACAUCACCUGAGUAUACUGCGCGUCUGCAAUAGCAAUAUCUGCACCCACACAGACAUAACUACUGCACUUAGCUGCGGGUGAGGUCCUGCUCGAACGCCCGAGAAACGAACCGACUGACAUUACAGGCGUGUUAGAUUUGGACCUUCCUGCCUCCAGCUCACAAGACAACGGUGACCAUGGGUCGUCAGAGGCUACAGACAUUGCUGACUCGAGCUCUCCUGUGUUCUGCACUUCUCUCUUUGCCAGGGUCCGCUUGGGCAAGGAAGAGGCCUCCCCGUCACGUGGUUCCUGAGCCUACAGACCCGGGGCCGACGCUGCCUCCCGUGUUCGACCCGCUCAUGCCCACGAACGUCACAGUCACAGCUACCAAGACGGCCGUUCUCGCCUGCGUGGUUCACAACCUUGGUAGCAAUACGGUGUCCUGGAUACGCCACCGCGACCUCCACAUCCUCUCCGUGGGCCCCGUCACCUACACGACCGACAACCGCUUCGAGGCGAUUCCUGAAGAAGGCGCCGGGAACUGGAUGCUGCGUCUCCGAUACGCCAGCCCUCGAGACUCCGGACAGUACGAUUGCCAGGUGUCCUCCAGGCCGCCCACAUACCGCACGGUUCACCUCACUGUCGUAGAACCCCAGGCCAAGAUUCUCCGCGCCCCAGAAAUGCACGUAGGUGUAGGGUCACCUAUUAACCUCACCUGUGUUGUCCCCUACGCACCGGAACCUCCAGAUUAUCUCCACUGGUACCACAAGGAUAAGAUGGUUUGGGAGGACGGGGAACGUGUGAGGAUCAGGACACAGCUGGGUCGCCGUAGCAUCAGCCAGCUGUUGGUGAAGAACGCGAACGCUCAGGACUCCGGUGUGUACACCUGCCAACCCGCCUACUCACGCGAACACUCCAUCACUGUUCAUGUACUUACAGGGGAAUACCCGGCGCCGAUGCAGGGUGGGUCAUCCGUGACCUUUGCUGGACGUCGCUAUUGGGCCUGGCUGACCUCUGCCCUCGUCGCUACCGCCGUCUCUACCCAUCUCUUAUCGUAUUUUUAUAUGUAAAUAACAGGUUUUAUACAAAU